AUGUUGUCUGCUGUUCGUCGCUUUUCAUCCACCCCUGCUGCUCUCAAAUCCUUAAAGAUCGGUUUGAUCCCUGGUGAUGGUAUUGGCCGUGAAGUCAUUCCAGCUGGUAGAGCCGUGUUGGAAGCCUUGCCUGCCAAGUACGAUUUGCAAUUCGAGUUCGUCCACUUGGACGCUGGUUUCGAGUUGUUCCAAAAGACUGGCACUGCGUUGCCUGAAGAAACCAUCAAGGUGUUGCAAAACGAGUGUGACGGUGCGUUGUUCGGAGCUGUUUCUUCACCUACCACCAAGGUGGCAGGAUACUCGUCUCCAAUCGUCGCCUUGAGAAAGAAGUUGGGUUUGUACGCCAACGUGCGUCCCGUCAAGUCUGUUGAAGGCAUUGGCAGACCCGUCGAUAUGGUGAUUGUGCGUGAAAACACCGAGGACUUGUACAUCAAGGAAGAAAGAACCUACAAGGCCGAAGACGGCACCAAGAUUGCUGAGGCCAUCAAGAGAAUCACCGAGACUGCCACCACCAGAAUCUCAAAGAUCGCCUACAACAUCGCCUUGCAAAGACAGGCCAUCAGAGAGGCUUCCUCCGUCAAGUCCAUCCACGAACAACCUUCAGUGACUGUCACCCACAAGUCCAAUGUGUUGUCCCAGUCGGACGGUUUGUUCCGUGAAACCUGUCGUAAGGUCUACGAUGCCAACCCAGAAGCCUACGGUAGCAUCGAGUACAAGGAACAAAUUGUCGACAGUAUGGUCUACCGUAUGUUCAGAGAACCAGAAAUCUUUGACGUGGUUGUGGCUCCUAACUUGUACGGUGACAUCUUGAGUGACGGUGCUGCUGCGUUGGUGGGUUCUUUGGGUGUUGUCCCAUCUGCCAACGUUGGUGACAACUUCGCCAUUGGUGAGCCAUGCCACGGUUCUGCUCCCGAUAUCGAAGGCAAGGGUAUUUCCAACCCAAUUGCCACCAUCAGAUCCACUGCUUUGAUGUUGGAGUUCAUGGGCUACACCGAGCCAGCAGCCAAGAUCUACGAGGCCGUUGACGCCAACUUGAGCGAGGACAAGAUCAAGACCCCUGACUUGGGAGGUUCUUCUUCCACCCAAGAAGUUAUCGAUGACAUUAUCGCCAGAUUCUAG